CACGGCACAUACUCCGCCGGUAAAUCAACUACUUGAUUCCUGGUAAAUGCCGUGCACUAUAUUUUCCAGUAGAUGGUCGUGGACCACAGGUGAAUUCUUGAUUUCAGCCCUUGCACGACUGCGCCACGUCACGAAUGCGGCGUCACAGCAUCGCUUCUAUGACGCGGCGCGCCGAUCCGGCGAUCGUAGCGAGCAGUUAGCAGCUAUUAACACUUAUUCACUGUGCUGGAUUCACGUCAUGACUUUUACCGUAGUAGUAAAGUUGUAUAUAUAGAGGAGUGCGACCGGUGGAUAUUUGGGUGUUCAUGUAAACCAUCUUCUCAGCUCAUAUCAGCUUACUGACAAGGCAACCUACUAAAAAAACAGAAGCUUUACAAAGUCCAAGUCUAGCCAUUCACCAUGUUGCACGGUCUUGCGCUCACAGCCACCCACUUCGGUGUUUGGGUCUCGUCGCUCAUUGUCAUGGGCAUCAUGUCGUAUCUCAUCAGCAGGUCGGCAGGAGGCGUUUACUAUGAGAGAAAUACACACACCAUCUACGAGGAAGUCAUUGCUGUCCUCACCUUUGUUAUCUACACCUUUGUCGUCAUCACAUCAUUCCUCAAGGCCACUCGUAGCCACAUUAUGCCGCUGAGCUUUGUCCUGUCCUACCUUUGGCUCACCUCUUUCAUUCUGUCGGUGCAGGACUGGGCUGGAAGUCGUUGCGCCGGCUACUCUUUUGGCUACGGCGACGACUCCUCCAACAAAUGUGGCAUCAAGAAAACUGCCAUUGCUUUCAACUUUUUCACCUUCUUCUUCUUCCUCUGCACCCUGCUUGCAGACCGAUUCCUCACGACCGAGGGAGGCCACUUUGGCCGAAAGAAGAAUGUCGCGGCUGUUUAAUCGCCGCGGAUAGCCGUUUGGGUUUACGGAUAGGGAGGAUAUUGGUCCAUUUUCGUCAGUUGUGAAAGUGUCAGAAAUGAUUUCACCAAAUCGCAUUGCUUAAUCCUUGGUUGUCCUGCUUUCUGAUUCAACAACUAGCGGAGCCUUGCGCACUACAGAGUGCACUGAAUAUCAUGAAUUUAUGACUUUUGUGAAUGGAUCAUCGUUUUCGGGGUAUCUGUAAUCAACCUUGCACUGAUUCGUGAUUUCAUGUCCGCCUUCUACCUUUAGCACCGACGCAAGGUCGGCGUUAAGAAACAAGCGGCGCCAAGCAUGUCGAUAGAGAUUCAUGUGGAUAACUCUCUCCCGUCCCCAUUUAAAAAGCGGUAGUUAGAUCCCAACGGUCGCUAGGCCAAACUCGGUAUGAAUUAUCCGUGAAAGAGGAGGUUUCUGG